CCUCUUCUCCAAACUAUGAAACGUCGGCUUCCCGCUCUCUGCUGCGGGGUGCCGGGCCUGAGGCUUGAGAGCAGCCGCGUGUGCGGGGAUUCCCGCGUGGUGCUGCGGGAUGCGCUGCGCCCGGAGCCGGCAGCGUCUGCGGUCCCAGCGGCCGCAAAAGCAAACCCUGGAAGCAGCCUCCUCGGCGGGGCGUUCCUGUCGAUGGCAGAGCGUGGUUUUUAAACUGCUGCACAGAGAUUGCUGCUGGCGUGGCUCGUCUGGCUUAAACUUCAUGUUCGGAGCUUCAGUGCAGAGCUGAGCUAUGUACAGCAGAAAACUACACUUCUGGCCCCUGCGUUGGCGUACAGCAAAUGUUGUGGGGUUUGGUUGGCCUGGGAAGUAGGUAAAUAGAUAUAUAGGUACAGGUACGUCUGUUUCUGAGACUCUUCUUUCACUUGGAAGGCCGGGAAUGGCGGGUGUGCUUGAAGUUUGUGACAAAGGUAAUGAACAGACAGGACUUGCUGUGUUCUGACAGUUUCCUUCUGGGAAAUCUUAGAAAUAUGGUUAUUGAGUCAACUUCCAAGUAUGGACAUUAAAAAAGAGGUGACUGGUGCUGCCAAGCCUGUACAAACCAGGCUUUGUGGCAGUGGUGGGAGGGAAGGUAUUGGGAUAGCUCUGUAGAUGGGGAUGUUCUUUUGCUGGUCUCUAGCAUAUAUGUGUUAAGUUGAGGUAAAACAUGCACUGCAAGCUCUAUUUUUUGCUUAUGUUGUGCACUUAUAUGCUGUAAUUUCUGAUGUUAUUACAUGGGUUAAAACAUCCCUGCUCUGUAAAGGGUGCUAGGUUUCUUGGAAAGCUGGGGAGAAGCAAUUUAUUGGGUGAUGGCUAAGCACAUGGAAUUAGUUUCUGGGUUUAUGGUAUAGCAUCUGUCUGCUUUGGCUGAUGGUAGUAUGUUCUUCUGCACCUGCAGAAGGUUAAGUUGGUUCAAAUUCUUUAGAGACUGCUUAUUCCCUAAGAGAACUGGUAGCAGGUGUGUACCAUGAUGUGUGGGUAAAGAAGGCUUCAUGGGUCGAGUGACUGCAGGUGCCCCAAGGGAAGGUAACCACCUGAAUUUUGGUUUUUUUCUAUGUUUUUACAAGUUCUCAUUCCAUCUCUUUCUCUCUUCAAAAGCAGGCAGAGCCAAGCAAGCUACCUGAAAUCCUAUAUCUUCUCAUGCUAGAAUGAGUGGGCGCUGGAGGAGGUGAGCUGGUGCUUAGAGUCUGACCUGUGCCUUGUGCUUCCCUGCAGGGAGUUAGGAGCAGUGAGAGGGGGACAAGCCUGAGGAGACACAAAGCAAGAAGGGGUGGAAUCUGCAGCCAAGCCUUUGGAGGCACAGACCCUUCAAAACCAGCACUGUUCAUAGAGAGGAAUUACUAUCCCUCGUCUCUGGAUCCUGAUCUGCAGCACCAUGCUGGAUCCCAAGCCUAACUUGGCAAGCCAGAGGUGAAUCCAGGUGAAAACCAGCUAUCACAGUAGGUGUCAGGAUGACCAAAGCACGGCUCCUCCGUCUCUCUGUGGUGCUGGUCUCCAUCUUCAUGAUCCUCCUGAUCAUUGUGUACUGGGACAACGUGGGAACGGCUCACUUCUACCUGCAUACGUCCUUCUCCAGGCCUCAUUCUUCAGGUAUCAAGACAGGUGAAGGCUGGGAAGCUUUGCCAGAUGUGGAUGAAUUUUUGGCAAAGCUGCUUAGUUCAAGCCUGAAACAGAAUAGCUCUGUCCCCCAAAAGACAGAGCAGCUGCUCAUCCAGGGCUCCAGCAAGCCCGUGGGGAGCAAUUUGGAGGAGAAUGUGCGGGGCUAUGACUGGUCUGUGCACAGUGACAGAAACAGCUUGGACCAAGAAAAACUGCAGAGAGAGAGGCAGAGAACAUUGCGGGAGUUUUGUGCCAAUUCCAGCUUCACUUUCCCCACCAAGGAGCGUUCCUUUGAUGACAUCCCAAACUAUGAGCUCAACCACCUGAUCGUGGAUGACCGCCACGGCAUCAUCUACUGUUAUGUCCCCAAGGUUGCCUGCACCAACUGGAAACGGGUGAUGAUUGUGCUAAGUGAGAGCCUGCUGGACCAGGGGGUCCCAUACCGGCACCCUCUGGAUAUCCCCCGGGAGCAUGUCCACAACACCAGCACCCACUUGACCUUCAAUAAGUUCUGGCGCCGUUACGGGAAGUUCUCCCGGCACCUGAUGAAGAUCAAGCUGAAGAAGUACACUAAGUUCCUCUUUGUACGAGACCCUUUUGUCCGCCUCAUCUCUGCCUUCCGCAGCAAGUUUGAGCUGGAGAAUGAGGAGUUCUACCAGCGUUUUGCCAUCCCCAUGCUAAAGCUGUAUUCCAACCAUUCCAACCUUCCCAUCUCUGUUAGAGAGGCUUUCAGGGCAGGCCUCAAAGUCUCCUUUUCUGACUUCAUCCAGUACUUACUGGACCCCAGGACAGAGAAGAUGGUCCCCUUCAAUGAGCACUGGAGGCAGAUUUACCGUCUGUGCCACCCGUGCCAGAUAGACUAUGAUUUCAUUGGGAAGCUGGAGACACUGGAUGAGGAUGCUGCUUAUCUGUUGCAACUCCUCAAAGUGGACAGGCUGCUUCACUUCCCCCCCAGCUACCGGAACAGGACUGCCAGCAGCUGGGAAGAGAACUGGUUUGCCAAUAUCCCACUGGCUUGGAGGCAGCAGCUUUACAAGCUUUAUGAAGCAGAUUUUGUACUCUUUGGCUACCCCAAGCCAGAAAACUUGCUUAAAGACUAAAAGUGUUUGGGCGAUGGGUGGGGGAGGGAACAUCUGAAAUACCAAAAAUGUUUAAAGCCUCCUCAUUUUUGCUCUUAACUCGCUUCCCUGUACAGGUUGGUACAAUGGAAUAUAUUUUUUCUACCACUUCCUCUUUCAUUUUUGCAAUAAUGCCAGAGACCAGGGUAUUCCAGCCGGCUGUGCAUAUGCAAAAAAUGCCAGUUUUUUUUGUUAUAAUUUGAUUUCUGUUUGUUAUUUUUUAAAUGUCCCCAUGUUUUGCAAUGGGUCGCUGCCCUCGGUCACUCUGCCAGCUGUGUCCUUCCGUAGCUCUUUUUAUUAAUACUUUUAAAAAAUUAAUAUAUUUAAAAUAUUUAAUACAAAGCGUGUGUCAUGGCAAAGGAAGGGAAAGAAUAAAAACAAAAGAAAAGAGAACUUCAAG